CCUCGACGUCUGGUCUUUCGGCUCUUGCCUCUUGUCCCUUUCGACCGGCCUGUGCUGGUGGAUUGGCUCCUCGAUUUGUCUUGCCCCUUCCGGUACGCUCCAGGUUCUUGAUGGGUUUCCGCUAGUGCUGCGGUUGGACUGGGACACUCGGGGCCUUUCUGUUUGGUGAGCGCGCUGCCGUGGCGGUGGUCUUGUCUGCAUGCUUGCUUCCUGCGUCUGGGUUUUCUUGGAUUGCUGCGCAGCCGGGGUUUCCUCUACCUAGCGCAUGUGUUCAUGCGCGGCGAUUUGGUGGUUUGGAUGGUCUUCGUCGAGAUAUCUGUACAUUCUUGUUCUGCUGAGGCUGUCUAGGUAGGUGAUAGUAGCAGCAGAACCACAAUGGCCGCUGAGGUUGGGCAGCCAUUCAGCGGCUGGUCGUACUCGGAUUUGCCUCACAAUGACCACUACACACAGGAUGCUUCAGUGCAGCAAAUGGUACUCGAUCAUGGUUCGGUGUCAUUUGGUAGAUUUGCUGCAGAAUCCUUGUCAUGGGAAAAAAGGUCAGUGUUUGCUCAAAACAGACGUCAAGAGGAGCUAAGCAAGCUUACAGCCCCUGGUUUGGUUGCACAAAAGAAGGCAUUCUUUGAAGAAUAUUACAGUAGGGCAAGGCAUCUGAAGGCUCAGGGGGCAAUGCACCAGCCGGAAUCCACAUUGGAAGAGAGGGGCAAUGAGAACACUCUUGGCCAUAGCAGCGAAGCAAAUCAAUUGCCUGCAGUUAUUUCUGAUGAUCCAGUGGCUAGUGCUCCAAGUUUUAACUUUGAACCGUCCACUGAAGUUAGCUCAUCAGAUGAGAGGAAAUGUCAAGACGCUCACGAGCUUGGCUACUUGACAUUUAAUCCUUUGUUUUCUCAGACAACAGGCUUGCAAAGCAUUCAACAGGAGGAGAGAUCUAGCUCUGGUCAAAAGCAGUACCUUGAUCAGGAAUUCCCGUGCAUUACACACACAAGUAGCAAUCAUGGACUCAGCUGUGAAGCUCUUGAGAGAAAAGUUCUUGCACCAAGACGUGUGGCAUCAAAUAAUAAUGGUGAAAGUAAUGGUGCUGGGUCAAGGAUUGUCUUGCCAAGAGCAAGUCUACAAUCAAAAGUUGUGAAAGCUGAUUUUGAGAAGCGGGGGACAAGAAAAAAUGUAGUUAUUAUUAGUAGGUCAAUGAAGAGAUCGAAGGAACUGUCAGCUUCUGUUAUCCACAUCCCAAGGGUAGAUUUAAGAAGGAAUUCAGAAAGCAGGUCCGCUCAAGACUUGAAGGAUACAUUCCACACGAGAGUUGAGAUAAAAUUGCGUGCUUUAUCUGAUAGAAUGAAUGCCGAUAGAGCUGCAGCCUCUUUUAGGUCAGCUUCUUAUCAGCCUCCUGAUAGAGCUACGACCUCAUGUAGAUAUUCAUAUCAAAAUGCUGAUAGACUUGCAACCUCUUCUAGAUCCAGUUUGUGUCAGAACACCGAUAGAGUUUUGGCGCCCUCUAAAUUAGGUGCUCAAGUUUCUCAUAAAUCUCCUAAAGGUGUGCAACAUUCAGAUGCCAUUCCUCGUGGGGUUUUGUAUAGAAAAGGAUCAUGUGCUUCUCAUGUUGCUUAUAGCAACAGUACUGCUACUGGGAAGUCCGCUGCAAACAUCUUGGUGAUGUCCAGUUCAUCUCAAAUUAGUGCAAAAACCUCCAGUACUGCUCAGGUUACAUUAAAAAGAGCAGGACUUACCAGCCUAAACAAUGGAUUGCAGAAUAAAAGGAAGCAGUUGAGCACACCGGCAGCAUUGGAUGAAAAUAACACGAAGCGAGUAUACGUGCGCAAAUCUGCACCUCCAAGUGCAAGAAGCAGCUCUGAUAAUAUUCCCCCUACUGCGAAGGCACCUAAGAUUUCAAAUAGGACGAAUGUGGCCAAGACUGAGCUUGUGCAGAAGUCAAGAUCUGCAAGUCAUCCUGUUGGAGAAAGAAAUAUCACAACAAAUCGCUCUGCGAACUGCAACGAACAAAACAGAAAGGAAACCUUGUCGCGCCUUGGAAGUCUGGUUGGGUCCAGCAUGAGGAGUAGUCUGACAGGUGGUCCAUCACUGACUAAGAACAAGCCAAGGCAAGAGAAGCCACGAUGGCGGUGAUGCAAUCGGUGCAUCGGCUUCUCCUAGUUUGAAACCACUCUCUAGCAAUGCAAGUAGAAAGGUCGCCUUGUAGCAACACGAAGACCUUGCGGCGGUCACUGGGAAUCAAAGGGGCGUUUUCAGAGAUCGGUAUAUAUAUAUAGAGAGAGCAAGAAGACAUGCCUUGUCUUGUAGGAUAUGCCAUAGGCGCUUCCAGCGAGUCUCGCUGUACACUCCUUGUCUUGUACAUUGGUUACUGUAAUGUGAAUCUCGAGUCACGGCUGCGGCUGCGAUCUGUUAAACUGUGGUGCAAUGGCAGGAUAUUUUUGGGUCUUUGUCACCGAAAAUGCUUGUGGCAUAUUGAAUUAUGUGCAAAUUUUGAUUAUAAAAUCACGGCAGAUGUGGAGAUUGGAGAUA